CUUAACAGAUGAUGCGGAAAGCCGGGAUACCAACAAGAUUGCGCUUGCGGAGCUAAAUCAUAUCUAUUCAAAGAUCAGUAUUGACUACAUGGGAAAAACUUGUUCAAUGGAUCCUGAAAAGGGCUUUCAUGAAGUCCAUAUUGAGGACAACAUAGAAGUAAUACUUUGUAAACGCAAAAUAGAAUUAUACAAUGCUGUGGUUGAAGAACGUGAGGAUUUCACAGUUGAGGCUGAAGUUCUUCGUGAGGUAACAUCCACAAAGAACACCAUUCUUCAUGUUGCUGCAAAAUCUGGAAACAAGGAAAUUGCAAAAAAGAUUAUCGAUUUAGACCCAUCACUCUUGCACGAGCGCAACUCAAAAGGCAACACUCCCCUUCAUAUUGCCGCUAGUUUGGGGCAUCAGGACAUGACAAAUUUUUUGUUGUCACAACGCCAACUCACGACGCUGUUGAUGAUUACAAAUGAACGCAAUGAAACUGCAUUGCAUGGUGCGGUACGAAAUGGCCACAAUAAGAUUGUGAAGAAGCUAAUUGAAAAAUGUCCAAGCUUGACUUCAUUACGCAAUAAGGAUGGACAAUCUCCUCUCUUCAUAGCCGUGGAUAGAGGGUUUUUCGAUAUUGCUACACAUAUCCUAGACAUUGAAGAAUGCUGUGAGUACAAGGGAAGUAAAGGCAUGAAUAUCUUGCAUGCUGCUGCCAUUCGCAUAGAUAAAAGCAAUCUGUUUAAACUUCGCACUGAAGAAUAUUUUACUUGGAAAGCUGUUGGCUCAUUCUUAAGAGAAGUGCGUUAUAAUCUAUAUGCCAUAAGAGAUAGCUUUUAUCAAACGAAGAUCCCUAAGGAAAUUUUGGACAAAAGAAGUAAACUCGAUAUCACAAAAAUAGAUUUUAUGGAAAAAGUUAUAUACAAAUUUCCAAAGGCAAUUACGGAAGAGGAUGACUUUGGCUGGACUCCUCUUCAUUAUGCUGCACACUUUGGCGAGGAAGAACUUGUGAAACUAUUUUUGGACAGAGAUACUUCCCUUGCUUACAAACAGAACAACGAAGGCAUGUGUGCUCUUCACAUUUCAGCCAAGAAAGGACAUGUUAACGUAAUGGGAAUGUUCAUUGAAAGAUGUCCAUAUACUUGUCAAUUGUUAGACAAAAGGCAUAGGACAGCUCUUCAUCUUGUAGCGGAAAGUGGACAUACAAAAGCCCUUGAAGUUUUUUUCCAAAAUAGGAAAUUCGCUUUUCGUGAUCUCAUGAAUGAGCAAGAUGAUGAAGGAAACACCCCUUUUCAUAUCGCUGCCGCAAAUAGGCAUUAUGCACUAUUAAUGAGUCUGGCAGAUGUUAGAAGAAUGGGGGGUGCUGUGAACAAUAAAGGGGAGAGUAUUCUCGACAUUAUUCAAGCAGAUAGUGAACUGAUGGAAGAUGAAAAGAGGAUAAUCAUGUCACAUUUGGAGAGACACAACGUUCUAUGGAGUUUGGACACAAUGGUUGGCAGACAGACUACAAAAGUGAAGAGUUCUAAGGCAGAAGGAACUGGUGCAGCCAAUUCUUCAGAGGAAAAUGAUAAGAAAGACAAAGAAGAUGAAAAUAAGAAAGCCAAAGAAGAAAAAAAAGAUGAUAUCAAGGAUUUGGCCAACUUCAAUCUAGUGGUCGCCACAAUCAUUGCAACUGUAACUUUCGCAGCAGCCUUUCAAGUUCCUGGUGGAACUGGUGAUGACGGCUUGGCAAAUUUAGGGGAAAAAGGCAGUUUUGUGAAAUUUCUGAUAUAUGACUCGUUAGCAUUUGGGUUUUCAGCUGUCUCAAUUUUUGCUAACUUUGCGUAUCCUUUUUUAGCAAAAGCUACUCGUAUCACAUACCCAAUAAUGUUCUCCUUGGUAUUAACUGAAUUCUCCCUCAUCUGUUUGGUCCUUGCCUUUAUAGAAGGCACAAGAUCAGUCUUGACUGAAAAUUCAUGGCUUCCUGAGGUCGUGUAUGCCUCUCUUUUUCCCAUUUCGUAUUUCUUAGUGAGACCAAUUAUCGUUAGGAAAACUUUCCUGUUCUCAUCCCGUAAACUACCGUGGUACCUUUGAGUUCAGUUCAGUCUUAGCUCAAGAUUCCAACAUUGAUCCCCCACUAGCUCUCCAUGAGGUAGUAAGUAAUCACAUGUCAUCAAUUUCAUCCUCAGUUCUAAGGGUUCGUAGUCGUAGCACCUUAAUUUUCCCUUGUCUUAUCUUCAUUUCUGCAACCUGUGUUAUUUUUACCGAAACUACAGAGUCCUCUGGCAGUUUGUUUAAUAAUUUAUGUAUAAAUUGCUUGUAUCUGGGUUGAAACAUGAAAGUACAAUGCAAUUUGGUCUAUCGGCCUUUAUGGUUUGUCUGUCUCUUUUUACUUAAUAAUAAAGAACAGUUUGGAAUCUAUGUAA